GUUCAUUCCUCCGUCCGCAGAACUUGCUAGUCACAGGAGCCACAAUGGCGUUUGUAGUCUCCUUCAGAUAGGGCUGUGGAUGUUAUUAAAUCCACUAGCAUCGCCCUAAAUAUAGGCCUGGUUGAUUCCCAGAGCCAUUGAUAAUAAACUGGAACAUCUACUGCACACGAAAAUACUAUGAUUUCUGAUAAAUAUUGAAGUUAUAGGGGAUAAAUCUGACAUUAAAGGGAACAUGUAAACAGUACCAACCGGGUCAAGUUUAAUUUUGUUCGAGAAACGAGCGUCUUUUAAUGAAGACAUUUGCUUGUUUCUGAAUGCUAAGACCGUAAAUCUGUGGAAUAAAUACACCUUUACUUAACUUGGCACCGGACAAGGACAGCUUUCUUUCACAAAGGGACUUUUUUUCUUUUUACGAGUCAGCUCGCUAGCGGCCGAGCUUUAGCUAGCGGUGCUAGCUAAAUUGAGACGGAGACGACUUCCCAAUGCUCCGAUGUUUGAUUUGGAUCCUUUUCAUUCACUGAUUUAACCAGACUACAUACUCCACAGCACUGGAAGUCCACAUUGGCAUUUUUCUGCUUUGACGAACGGUGUCGACGAUCUCAAUGGAAUGAAUUGGAGUUAAGGAGGACUGGACGUGAGCGGCCUUGCGUGUUUAUUUUGUGUGUGUUCGUGUCCUGUUUCUGCUUAGUAACACUUUGUUUUAGUACUUGGGGGGUAGCUACUGCUUUCCCGUGAAUGAAUUGCCUGGACCACCGAGGCCCAGUCACAGGAGUGGUACCGACGCCGGCGUGAGGGAUGCCUGGGUCGGACCGACACCAUGGGACCAAGAGGAAGCCGGAAUUUAGCCUCAGUGGUGCGACACACCAGACCCAGGCCGCUACUCAUACCUCUGCGGGGGACAUGACUAGCAGAGGCGGCAAGGUACAGUUAAAAUCUCCAAUGUCUUCUUUAAAACGUAAACGGCAUAAAUCAAACAAACAUAAUCGUGAAUCCUUGGCGGUACCGGGAGCCGUAGAUUUUGCCCUCGGUGAGACGGCGCCUCCUGGUGUCAACACGGUGAAGCCUCUGGUGGAGUACGAUGAUAUCAGCUCCGACUCGGACACGUUCUCGGACCCGCCGUCCUCCAGGCCUUCGGAGAGGGGGGCCGGGGAUCGGCUGGAGCCCUCACCAGAGUACGAUAAGGACGAUGCCUGCAGAGAAUCAGAAGGUAGAGAGAACAAGGCACACAGACACUCCCGGAAAAAGUCCAAGGAUCCUACUAAAGUUAGAGACCCAGGGAAUGGGGAGCGUGGAUUCAAGAAAAAGAGCAGCAAGGACCGUGAGAAAGGGAGUUAUGGAAAAAGUAAGGAUAAGACUGCAUCUACAUCUGCAUCUGCAUCAUCCUCAUCCAAACGCCCGAUCCAACCUGAAGGCGACUUGAAGCGAGGGGAGCUGUUGAUCUCCUCCCAGAUCCAACCUGCAGCCAGUGUAGGUAGCACCACCUCCUCCACAUCUUCAUCUCGCAGUAAGGAGAGCAGCCGCUCAGGGAAAUCUCGCAAAGAGAGGCAGCAGAGGAGAGAAGGCAGAGGAGAUGGAAGCCGAAGCUCCUCUCAGAGAAGCCGGACUGAUAGGAGCCACCGUAAGGCCUCUAAAAGCCACAAGUCCAGCCCCAAAGGCAAGUCAUCCAACAGGGGUAGCCCGAGGAGGAAGGGCACCAGCUCUGCUCUGUCACCCAGUCCCAGAAGAGGAGCUGGGAGUGAGAGUCCUUUGGGUGGUGGGUACAGUCAGCAGGGGGAUGACGGCUACUCCAGGCGAAGGGUGGCCCAGCACAGUCCCAGUCCCUAUGGGGAUGUGUCUCGCCGAAGCAGACAGAGAUCAGACAGCCCCUAUGGCAGCAGACACAGGUCCUCCAGCUACGAGAGGGAUAGCAGUCCCUACUCCAGGAGACGGUCCAUCAGCCCCUAUGGUACCCGCCGGUCCUCCAGCACCAGUCCCAUGUCUCGACGCUCAGGUCGCUCCAGGAGCCGUUCCCCCCUGCUGUACUCUUCUUCUCGUCGUUCCUCCUCUCGUUCCCGUAGUAAGAGACAUACCUCCUCCGCCGGGGCAGGAGGCGGCUCCCACAGCAGCCGCCCGACCAGUCGCUCCCCUCCCUCGUCCCGCCUGCCGCUCAACUCCAGCCUGGGCGCAGAGCUGAGUCGGAGAAAGAAGGAGCGUCAGGCUGCUGAAGCGGCUGCUCGUGCCACCAGCACCGCUUCUCCGCCUCCGCCGGUUCGCAAAACUACAAGCUCCGCCUCCACUUUGCGACAGGCUAAAGCUGAGGCAACGCAGCCAGAGAAAGACUCGGCAGUAGUGGCAGACCCUCCGCCCCCGCCGCCGGUGCAGACACCCCAGGAUGGUCCGAGCAGCGAAGACCACGUCGCCGCACCCCUGCCUGCCUCUUCCACCCCCUCCCCUGCACCUCCUCCUCCUCAGCCCUCGCCUCCUGUGCCUCCUGGUCCGGGUGCACAGCUUCCCCCGCCGCCAGCUCCAGCAGAAACAAGUCUUCAGCCUUCGACACUCUCCACUACAUUACAGGCCAAAUCUCCUGCUCCAGUUCCCGCACGCAGCCCUGUCCGCCCGACGCCACUCCACAAGACGUCGACUCUGCCCCCGCUGCCUUUACCGCCGAUGCUGUUGGGAAACGCUCAGGAUAGUCCAAAGAAGACCACCCCUCCUCAGAGGUCAUCCAGGAAGGAGAAGGAACUCCGCAGCCGACCGUCACUCAUUGACCUUCCUUUACCGCCCACGCUGCUUGGAGGAGACUCCUCCCCCCCGCAGUUGCCAGUCCGCCAGGCUCCUCUGCCACCCCAGCCAGCUCUUAAAAAGAGACCAAAGAUUUGCGGUCCACGGUAUGGUGAACGCAAACACACCCAAAGUGACUGGGGUAAGCGCUGUGUAGAUAAAUUUGAUAUAAUCGGCAUCAUAGGGGAAGGCACCUACGGCCAAGUGUACAAGGCCAAGGAUAAAGACACUGGUGAGCUGGUGGCACUGAAGAAAGUGCGUUUGGACAAUGAGAAGGAGGGAUUCCCCAUCACAGCUAUUAGAGAGAUCAAAAUAUUACGGCAGCUCAAACACCGCAGUGUUGUCAACAUGAAGGAGAUCGUCACUGACAAGCAGGAUGCGCUGGACUUCAAAAAAGACAAAGGUGCUUUUUACCUGGUGUUUGAGUACAUGGACCACGAUCUGAUGGGCCUGCUGGAGUCAGGCCUAGUCCAAUUCUCCCAUGAGCACAUUCGCAGCUUCAUGCGCCAGCUGAUGGAAGGCCUGGACUACUGCCAUAAGAACAACUUCCUGCACAGAGACAUCAAAUGCUCCAACAUACUGCUCAACAACAGAGGUCAGAUCAAACUGGCCGACUUCGGUUUGGCCCGACUUUACAGUUCAGAGGAAAGUCGACCGUACACUAACAAAGUAAUCACACUAUGGUACCGACCUCCCGAACUCCUGCUGGGAGAGGAGCGGUACUCUCCGGCCAUUGACGUUUGGAGCUGUGGGUGUAUUCUGGGAGAGCUGUUUACAAAGAAGCCCAUCUUCCAGGCCAACCAGGAGCUUCUACAGCUGGAGCUCAUCAGCCGUCUCUGCGGGAGCCCCUGUCCAGCUGUUUGGCCUGACGUCAUCAAACUCCCACUGUUCAACACCAUGAAGCCCAAGAAGCAAUACAGACGCCGACUGCGGGAGGAGUUUGCCUUUUUACCCACUCCCGCCCUGGACCUGCUGGACCGAAUGCUGACACUUGACCCUGCGCGACGCUGCACAUCAGAACAAGCUCUUAUCUGUGACUUCCUGUGUGACGUGGAACCCAGCAAGAUGCCGCCGCCAGAUCUUCCUCAUCACCAGGAUUGUCAUGAACUGUGGAGUAAGAAGAGGCGGCGUGCACGUCAGAGUGGGGUACCCGAGGAUGUGCCUGUGCCCAAAGUGCCACGUAAAGACACGACGGGGACCUCUAGUGGAGAGAACAGUCGAACACAAAGCAGCCCGGCUGGAGCUCCGCCUCCGCCGCCACCAGGAAAACCACAGUCUGCAGCCAUUUCUGAAAGUGAGUUAUCAGGUCUAGGAGCUGCUGCCGAUCAGUUGAACCAGACAGAGAUGGCGUUGCUGUUGAACCUCCUCCAGGGACAGACGGACCUCAGCCUGCCCCAGGUGGCCCAGCUCCUCAACCUUUCCAAUCCAGAGACUCUCAGCCAGUCGUUGUCUGCCCUCACUGAGGCCUCUGACCACCAGGGGGCUCCAGAGGACCAGGCCACUUCAGCUCCAAGGUCUCAGCCCCCAGAACCACCUCCAGAACCACAUGAGGUCUCCCCGUCGUCCGGGGACCCGCCGCUAAGCCAGGAGGACCAGACCAACCUGCUGGCUUUAAUUUUGGGCCACAUCAUCAAGCCGCAGACUGAGGGUGCAGAACAAGGCGACGAGAGCAACGGCAUCCAAUCAGAGGAGGCACUAACACGCGGUUCGUCCGCCUCUACUACUGAUCGCAAGGAUGGAGUGGCCCCCAAAAGGAAAUCAGUGGGGCCCGGCCAGGUGGCUCCAUCAGGCGAGCAGCGUCCACCCUCUCCACCUGGUCCACCUCCAUCAGCCCUUCUCGGAAAUCCUCCGCAGCCCGAGUCUGAAACCCAGCCCAGCCAGGACAUCAGCCCUGCCGUGGCCGCUGCCUUGCUCCAGCUCAUCUCCCAGCAGGACUCGGAAGCCGGGGCCUCUCAGCGCAGCAAGGACCCCUCUCCGGCUGUGGAUGCACCGGCCCGGGGGCAGCCCCCUCCGCCUUGGGUCGCUGACUCUCCACCUAAACCUUCAGCUGCAGCUGAGGCCCCAGCAGGACUGGUGACUGCUGCUACCGCUGCUCCUGCCACCGCAGCACAAUUCCCUAAAGACCAGGACCUCCGCUUUUCCCACGGCGCUGCCCGCUGAGUCCAGAUCCUCCAGUGAAGCAGACCCGGGUAUCUUGGGACGGCUCCAGCACUCCAUGUCAGCAGGGGAAAGCAGAGGCAGAACAUCUAGAGACUUGACUCAAAGAAUAUAAACAGGUACUGAAAGGUGAUGCAGAGAUAUUGGAAACUAUUGUUGCUUUGUGACUAAAUGAAAGCGAUUAGGAGCUGCUUUAGGUCGUGAGCGUCACUGCCCUCUGUACAAGCUGUUGUGUUGUUUUAGGUGGGAGUGCUGCUGGAGAGGGUCUGACCUUUAACAGUCUCCACCUACAAUCCUUUACUUUUUCUGGUCCACUCUGAGUUUCGACUUGAAUAACCUUUGGCUUUCAACUUGAGAGCUGGCAACUGACUCUGAAAGAUCUACCUUUUUUCCCCCCCAAAUGAAAUGAUUGUCAUGUCCACUGCAGUGCCCGCCUCUUACAGUGUUUUGGAGAAUCUAGUUGUUGUCCUCUGCUCUGUGACAGUGUGAUGGGAGAUGAGAUGAAAGUUUUUUUUUUUUUUUUUUUUUUUAUGUAAUUGUACAACUGAGGGAACGGGCACACUAAAAACUAACACUGGAAGACCAUGAGUUUCCUGUUGAACCUUACAUGCUGGCUAGCUCCCCUGCCUUGUGCCUCAUUGUGACCCCAGCGACCCCUGAAUGAUUUUGGCCUAAUGGGGAAGUGUGGGUUAAAUUACUGCUUCGGAUGUUCAUCAGUGACAGUGUACAUCAGCAGAACUGCAUUUUUGUUUUAUUUCUGCCAAAGCCUGUCUCCAGUUAUUCUCUCUAUCAACUAAAACUACAGCGUAUCCUCUGCUCGGUCGAACAUUCCCUUCCGUCACAUGCAGCAAAUCUGUGUCGUAUCAAACCGAACCUCGUAGUACUCACGCUCCCAAUCUCAUGUAUGGAUUAACUUACCACGUGGACUGCUCCGUAAUCAAACCUGCUUUUCUGCAACAUCAAAUUUAAAGCUACAAACAGAAAAACACAAACUUUUCCAGCUUUUCCUAUUGGGCUCCCAAAGCCUCAUCUGUCUGCCUCUCGCCUCCCUGCUAACUCGUGCAACUAAGGCUUUUUGUUUCUUUUUCUUUCUUUUGGUGCAGUUAUUUUCUACAUAAAGAAAAUAAUACACAUUUAAGACUUAAUGGUCCAUGGUUCUGUUUCCAUUUUUUUUUUCUCUUUUGGACAAGGAAAAGGAGGAGAAGUGAGUUUCAUGUGUCUGUAAAAAGAAAAAAAUAUUUUGUAAUAUGUGUUUUCUUGGUUCAGUUUAUUAAAGGAAGUUAUGCGAUCAACUGAA